AAUUUACUACAAUUUUAGUCAUGAAUCACUAUACACCAAAACAACGGGCCGAAAUAGUCACAAUGUACAUUGAAAAUCGUCGUUCAAUUGUGUUAACGCAACGUGCAUAUCGUCGAAAAUAUCGUGGCAAACAGGCACCGUCUGACAACACUACCCGUAGUUUGAUCGUCAAGAUACCGUUCAACAAUGACCAAGGCGUUCUAAUGAAUUGUUUGAAGCGGUCAGAGACAGCGUUGCCCAGAACCCAAAAGUGUCGUAUCGUCACCGCGCUUAGCAUUUUGGCAUCACUGGAACCACAUAGCGGUGCAUUUUGGAGGAUGAUUUGAAUUUGUU